AUGGUGCUGACCCAAGCCACCGCAUUUUUUGACGAGAAAUUGGACCAAUUAGAAGGACAAUGUAAAGACCAAGUGAAAUCCCUGUUUGAAACUUUUCGAGAAACUUUGAUCCACGUGUUUGACAAGGACAGAGAAAAUUUUUACGAAUUUGAACAUCGACAAAGUGCAGACAUCGACCAACUCGACGACCACGAUCCUUUCGACCACCGAAACUCAACCUCCAAUCGAAAAGGCCCUCGUAAAGAUAAGCAAGGCGGAAAAGGGGUCACCACCCCCAAAAAAGGGAAGAGCCGAGGGAACCACCGGGUCAGUGGGGCCGUCAACAAACGGCAGCACAACAGCCACCUCAGCGCCGAGCAGGACGACGACAAAAGUGGGGGCGAGGGGGGUGGUGGCGCCGAGUCGUCCGAUGGGUCACCCAGAACGGACAAGAAAUCGGGCGGUGGCGAAAAAUCCCCGCAAUUUAACAGCGCCAUCGUCACCGUUCCGGGCGAGGACGGCGUCACGGAGGAGAUCGAUGCCCCCUCAAUCGUGACGGAGGAUGGAGACAAUUUCGAAGAUGGAGGAGGAAAUAGUAGGGAAAAUAGGGCAAAGUCGAUCGAACCUCGAAAAACUCCUGACCACCACGAAGCGCACCAGUUUCAAGAAAAGUGUUGGAACGAUUUCAUCAAGAGUGAUUCAGGAUCCCAAGUUUUGGACCAAUUUUCCCAAAAGCAGGACGCCGUCCGAAAAAUACUCACCGAUCAUGACGAAGCACAACAAAAUUUGGCCAUUGGAAUGGGAAAAUUGACCCAUUUACAACUCCAACUCGACAUUUUGGAGCAGGAUCGGAAAUUUAAGGGGAGAUUAUUGGACGAACAUGGCAUCCCCAUGAUUAUCACGUCCCCACAAGAGCAACAAGUCCGCCUGGAAAUUCAGGGCGUUUUAAAAACUGAACAAGAACUCAUGACCAAACUGAAAGAAAUUCGAGUUUCCAUUGAAGAAUGCAAGUGUCGAUUGGAUGCUGCGAAACGGGAAGUGGAACAUGUUUUCCAAGCGUUUUGUAUGGACGCCCACGGAAAACACGCCGAUUUGACUCAUCUGCCCCUGAGCACCCUGACCCACGGCGUAACCACCACGUUGAACCGAUGGAGUCGCGUGCACCGGGUGAAGUCUGUCCCAAAACCGGACGCAGACCACGAACCCGCCCUGUCCGACGACAUGCUGGGCGCCAACGAGAAGGACAUCGCGAUGGCAAGAGAAUUCGAGUAUUUGAAGAGAUUGGCACGCCAACAGGUGGAAACAUUGAUGGCGGCGUAUCCUAAAAGACCACCCUGGGUUUCGUACUACUAGAUAA